GUCGGGCAACACGGACUACAUUAACAGUGGUCACCAUGGUGAACGUGCCAGCAGGUGUCAGCAACCGCACAGCGCCAGCAGCUACGUCAUGUCGUCAUGGCAUCCCCUGAUCGCAAAUCAUAAUCAGUAAUCAGUUAUCACUUAUCAGUGAUAAACAUUUACGCUUUUAUUCAUGUCGACAACUUUAUCAAAAUAAUAAAUAGAGCAUAUAACCAUAUUACCAAUGAUUUUACGGUUAAAUAAAAUUAGAUCUAAAAAGUGUCAAUGUGUUGUAACAGUUAUGUCAAUCAUGAAAAUAUUUCAGUUUAUCAAUGUGAGAAAUCAUUAUGUAAUACAAAGUUGUUUGGUAAUAUCUUUUAUUACUGUAACAAUUUGGAUAACAACAGUUCUAAGAAAAAAAAAAAAAAAUAAGUUAAAUGCUCAACAAUGUGUCAACAAAAAAAAAAUUUCAAUUCCAUUGGUUAUUAUAACAGGCUGUGACACAGGUCUUGGAUAUUCAAUUGUUACGAGGUAUUUAAAAGGCGAACAUUUGAAUAAAAAUCAAAAUAACAGUAAAAUAUAUAAUAUGCUAUUUUCCAAUAACAAAGCACUAUUAGUCCCAAAUAAGAUUGCAAUAAUUGCAUUUUGUUUGAAUCCUAAUAGCCCAGGUGCUAAAUGCUUAGUUCAACUUUCACUUGAAAAUAAUAAUAUUCAACUGUUCGUUAGACAAUUAAAUUUAACUGAUAAUGAUUCUAUUAAGACUGGUGUCACUUUUGUUACUGAUCUACUUCAACAAAAUGUUGAUACAAUUGGCCAACACAAUGAAACAGUUGUUUUAAAAUAUGAACUACAUGCAUUGGUCAACAACGCAGCACGAAUGGUGAUGGCGGAAUAUGAAUGGCAAACUUCAAAGAUGAUAAAAGAGCAAUUUGAAGUUAAUAUUUUAGGUCCAAUUAAGUUAACUGCUAUGUUAUUGCCUACAUUUCGCAAAGAUAAAAGUCGUGUGAUAAAUGUAAUUAGUCAUUGUGCAUAUCUCCCACUUCCCGGAGUAUCUAUUUAUGGUGCUACAAAAGCAGCAGUGCGUGCAUGGACACUUGGAACAAGAGUUGAACUUGAUAUUCAUGGCAUAAAAAUGAUCACAUUUUCACCAGGAUCGUUUUAUCUUCAUUCCUCCAUUAUGAAUGGUCAACAAAGAAUGAUUGAUUAUAAAGAAAUGUGCAAUAAUAUGAAUAAGGAGCAAUUAGCUUAUUAUGGUGCUUUUAUGUUUGCCUAUCAAAAUUAUUUGGGUAAUAUUGAUGUAUACAUUAGUCCUCCAGAAACAACCAUUCCAAGCACUAAUAAAAUAUAUUGUCAAAUGGAUGAUGCACUAUGGGCAGUCCAACCCAAAGCUGAGUAUAAUGUACGUGAACCUUGGCGUUAUAGAAUCUAUUUUGCUGUAGCUUGGACUCUAUCAUCAUUAGGUUUACAUUAUUUUAAGGAUAAGGUUGUACGUCAAUUUGUGGCUACACCACAGUUUCAUAAUGAUAUUGCAAGUCAAGUUGAAAAUGUCUCAUAAACAGGAUUUUGAACUUAUGAAAUGUGCAUAUCUAUACUGAAUUUAGCAAAACAUAGCAAAGUAUAAAUGUAAAAUGUUUCAAAAUAUUACAGUGAGUUCAAAUAUGAAAUUGUAAUUUGCUUAUUUAUACCUAUUUUUACAUAUUAUAUUACUACCUAUGUAUUGUAUUUAUUAAAAUAAAGUUUGAUAACCAAUUAGUAAUUAAUAAUUAUCACAAAUUAAAUUAUUUAAGUUUAAGAAAAUAAUGAAUAAUGUUGAAUCAUAUUACAUACAUAUCAUGUACUAUAAGAAAAUAAUAUACGUAUUUAUUGCUCA